UCCGCAAAAGAAGCCAAAAUAGACAGACAAACCAAACUUUUUUUACCAGAUAAUCUUCCCAUAUUAUAUAUCCCUAAACCCCUUAAACGUUCAUAUCACACAAUCAAAGAUACUCAAACCAAUAAACCAUGGAAAAACCGAUAUUUACUCUCUUCCUCAUCCUUUCCUUUCUCCUUGCUAUACUCUCCACAACCAUAGCACACCACCCUCCAAGGUCUCCAACUAAGCACAAUAAACAGCCCUCAAGUUUCAUACAAUCCUCAUGUGGUGCCACGCGAUACCCUCCUCUUUGCUACCAGAGCCUAUCAGGCUUUGGUAGCAAGAUAGGCCGAAGCCACCGCCAACUAGCCUUAACUGCGUUGGCGGUGAGCUUAUCUAAGGCCAGAUCAACUGCUCGAUUUGUCUCACGAAUAAAAAAUGCCAAAGGGAUCAAACAUAGAGAGUUCGAGGCAGUUAAAGAUUGUAUCGAUACUAUGAGUGAUGGGGUUGAUCAACUAACACGUUCGUUCGAGGAGCUUGCGAAUUUAGGGUAUACUAAUGGUGAAGAUUUCAUGUGGCAUAUGAAUAAUGUUCAAACUUGGGUUAGUACUGCGUUAACUGAUGAAAGUACUUGUGUUGAUGGUUUAUCAGAUGGACAUACUAAAGGUGGGAAAGUUAAGGGUGUUGUUCAAAAGAGGGUUAAUAGUGUUGCUCAACUUACUAGUAAUGCUCUUGCUUUGGUUAAUCGCUUUGUUUCUAGGUAUAAAUUUGCCAAACUACAAGUCUAAAAUCCUUAAUUUUUGGAUUAAUUUUGUUUUUCAUUUGAUUUUGGAAGUAAUUAAUAAUGUGUGAGCUGUGAAGUACAAAGGUUAGUGACUGAGCUUCUACAUUCUGUUGUUUUGAGUUCUCUAAGAUGGUGUGAUUUGGUACUUUAAUCAUGUUGUAAUUGUGUGAUAAGUACUUGUGUUGUUCUGUACUCCCUCCGUCUCUAUUUGUUCUUUUGAUUUGUAAUCGUUUGAGAAAAAAAUAGACGGAGGGAGUACACUUGUUGAUCAAAGUUGAAUACUUGAUGAAUUGGUUUGUAAUGUUUGUGAAAUUUCUACAAAAAUUGAAUUGCAAGAAAAUUUUCAGCUUUUGAGUCA